UACAAAACCACAGAAACCACCGCAAUUGCUAGUUGCAUUGUCAAUUAUUAUUUAUUACGGAUAUAUACGUCUUAUAACUUGUUUUGAUUUUGAAUUGCGAUUCAUUUCUUAGGUAAUUAAUAAUUGAUAUAUAACGUAAAAAUGAAUAAAAAUUACGAACGGUGUACACAUUGCAAUAGACGUAAAUGGCUUACAACAGGUUGUCUUCGUAAAUGGUUGAAACCAAUGGAAUGUAAACAUCUACAGAGAACAAUUGAAAGCAAAAGAGAUUUAAAUGAGACUGACAUAGUUAGAUGUGUGUUUUUAUCCGAGAGGACGAGUCCAGUGAAGACUAAUAAGUUUGUAAAAUUUUGGAAGAACAAACUUUUCAUUACUGGUAGUGUUAGGUCUUUACAGAGGUAUUUUGGAAACAAAAAUAAUGCCAACGAGUACUUGUGCAAACCUGUUGAAACCUCUUCAUCUAGUGAGCGACUUAUGUUUGCUGCUAAGCCGGAAAUUAAAAGAGAAAUUGAUCUACACAAACAAAUGAUCAAAUGUCAACAUUCAGAUGAUCACUCAGUUUUAAGGGGACAUCAUCAGCACAUUUCACUCGAAAGCUGUGCUAUUUAUUGCCAAUUAUCAAAGCAUGGUUGGUAUUGGGGUGGAAUCACAUCUAGUGAAGCUGAGGUGCUCCUUGCAGGCCAGCAUGAUAAUGUAUUUCUAGUAAGGGACUCUUAUGACUCACGCCAUAUACUCUGUGUGUCUUUUCGAUGUGUGGGACGGACUUUACAUGCUCGUCUACGCCAUGCAGAUGGUCUCUUUUCCUUAAAUAAUGAGACAUUUGUACCAGCAAACAGAAUAUCUGAACAUUGUGCAACUGUAGAUGUUAAAUCAAAUCUCUUUGAAAUGCCAGUGAAAUUAGCCAGACCAUUAAACAGGUUUGCCAAAUUAGAUUCUCUACAAAAAAUUUGCAGAUUUGUAAUUCGCCAAACAGUUUCAGAACAAUUAUGGGAUAAUUUACCUUUACCACCUAAUCUUAUUACAUAUAUCUCUCUUGGUAGUGAUUAUAUUACACCAACAUAACUUUGUAACUUAAUGUUGUGCCUUAUUUCUUGAAUAUAUAGAAAAAAUUGUGUUAACUUUUUACAACACUUGUAAUACACAAUGCAUGUUAUAUAUUUAAUCCAAGAUAUAAAAUUGACAAAUUUAAAAGGAAAAUAUUAAGAGACACAUGGAGAGAGCAGUAAAAAUAACAUGUGGUUGUUUUGCUGGACCAUGUUAAGUUGUAUCUGCAUCUUAUUUAUCUUUAUAUUAUAGUAUACAAAAAAUAAAUGAGUUAAUAUGCAAGCUUUCCUAAAAAU